GAUGGAGGAACUGCUCGGAAAACGUCGAGGCCGCGUGAACAAUCUCUCUCUCUCUCUCUCGUGUCGGUCGAUCGUCGUUGCUAUGAAUUUCAGUCACGUCCGGCCGAAGAUUGCGAUAAGGGCAGCCGAGUGUUUAUGAGUAGGCAGAUGCAGCGGAACCGACAGUCUCGUGCCAUCAGCAGUUGUCUUUCGACAUGAAGCUCCACGCGCUGCUCGUCUUGUGCUUCGCCACGGCUUCUGCGAAUAUCAGGCUGACCGAUCAACAGCUCAAGGAGUACGUGCAAGUGUGCCUAGCGAAGACGAGGCUCAGUCAAGGCUUCUACCAGAGCGGAGAUGAGGCUCAGAAGAUUCUAACGGAGGAGCAAAAGUCCUGCUUCCUGGCGUGCAUGUUCAAGAGGACUGGAAUCAUAGAUCACGAUGGAAGCGUCAACUUGAAACUGGGCGACGAAGAGCUACCCAGAACACCCGCGAUCGAAGCGUGCAUAACGACAGCUAAGGAAGACAUCUGCAAGCUGGCGAUAUGCCUGCACAAAACGGGCAAGUUCAGUAUUACUAGCGUAGCUGACAGCCCGCGGUACCCUCGCUAUCACUAAUUUUGUGCGAAUGUGACAUAUAGUAUAUAGGGUACGAUUAUUAAAUUAUUAAAAAAAAAAACGUUGAACUGUCGUGGGUGCAGACGUGUAAUUUUGUAAAUAAACAUUUUCUACUAAAAUCGAAA